AUGGAUGGUCGUCAUAAAUCUGGUGACACUGCCGCUAGUGUCAUGCAUGAUCGGGGUAAGCCGCCUAACUUGCCUAAGGAUAUUUCCGAUAAAUCGUUGAACUUCGAUGGAGCUGAUUACUUGAAUGAGCCUGUGGUGGAGGAGAUGUCUACACCUGGUACAACACCAAUUCGUGGGAUCGGAUUACGUGUAACUAAUAUUGAAGGUAACCCGCUGCUUCCGAGAAGAGGUAUAUAUUCUACGACGAAUACUUUGAUAUUGGAUGGUUUAAUGAGUAUUUCAACACCGGUGGACAACUUGUUCGCUGCUGGAGAGUCGUCGUCGAUGGCUAAUAAGGGUGAUAAGGCUGGUAAGGGGAUAGAGUCUAUGCAGGGUUCGGAUUCUAAUCAGAAUGGUGGGGAAAAGGGUGCGAAUAUGAUGUCAUAUGCUGAGUCGGUUUUGGCGUCCAAGUCAAGGAAAAUUAAUUUUAGAAAUCUAGCCAGCCCAGUUAUGCAUGAGGGAUGUGACGUUGUUCUUCCUCGGGAAUCUGUUCGUGCAGUGCAGCAUAAGUUAGCUAACACUUUAUAUGGUUAUUUCUUGGGAGACCGAGUGGCGUUCCCGGUUGUGGAGUAUUUUUUCUCCAACGAAACUGGCAUGCUGGAUGCGUUAAAAGGAGGCCCGUGGAUCAUCCGGUCUCAACCGUUGUUUCUUUGUGAAUGGAGUCCGACUGUUAAGUUGGAGAAAAAGGAGGUUAAAAAGGUUCAGGUAUGGGUUAAAAUUCAUGACAUCCCAAUUGCGGCGUAUACAGAAGAUGGGCUGAGUAUGAUUGCCACAACAAUUGGUGAACCGAAACUUCUGGAUUCGUAUACUACUUCCAUGUGUAUGGACAUGUGGGGCCGAAGUAGUUAUGCUAGAGCUUUAAUCGAGGUGUCUGCUGAUAAUGAGUUACGUGAGGAAAUCACUUUGGCCAUUCCUGAACUUGAGGGGGAGGGUUUCGUCAAAGAAACUAUGUAUGUUGAAUAUGAAUGGUUCCCGAGUAGGUGUUCUAAAUGCUGUGUUUUUGGCCACUCGCUUGAUAAUUGUCCUCAAACCCCUAAAAAACCUGCCAAUGUUAAGAAGCCUGCUAAUGUUAAGAGGGGGGAGCAGAACGAUAAGGGUCAAGUGCAUGAGAAUCGCUAUGCUAAGAAGUAUCCGGUUGUUGAUGAAGAUGGGUACCAAGGGGUUCCAACUAGGAAAGUUGCUCGCAAACAGGGUUUCCAAGUUAAUAAACAAAAACAGAAAUUUGAAUAUAGACCGGUGACUGCAAAACCGAAUGGGGAGGUGAAAAAGGAUGCUUCUUCGAGAGCUACGGAUGUAAGGUCGAGUAAUCCGUUUGAUGUUCUUAACGAAGUGGAAGAUGUUGCAGGAACUAGUGGCACAAAGCCGGGGGUAAACAAUGAUGAGUCCGAUGAAGAUGAGGUGAUUGAGAAUGAUGUUGAUAUGGACGGGUUUUUAAAGGAGGGUACUCGUAAGACUAUAAGUAAAGGGGCAAGCACUCCUUCUCCGACAGUUAAUGAUGAAUCUCAUGUGGAUGUUGGUAAUUUGGGUAAGGUGUGCAAGUCAGUUUUUCGUUCGUGGGAGUGGACUUCAAACGGUGGUUGUUGUGACAAAGGCACGAGAAUUAUCAUUGGAUGGAACCCGGAUGUUUUUGAUGUCAUGAUUUUGUCUCAAUCUCCUCAGGUUAUGCAUCUUCAGCUUGUGUUUAAAUUGGAUAAAAGAAUGAUUUUUUGUUCUAUUAUCUAUGCUGCUAAUUAUUAUGUUGCCCGUAAAGAGUUGUGGCAUAAUCUCUCAGUGCAUAAAGCCCUUGUCAAUGAUAAACCUUGGUGCAUUAUGGGUGAUUUCAACUCGGAUCUUAACAUUGAAGAAAACUCUAUGGGAACGUCAUCGAUUUCUAUUGGUAUGAGAGAUUUUCAGGAAUGUGUGGAUAAUAUUGAGGUUGUUGAUAUCAACCGAAUGGGGAUCCAUUUUACAUGGACUCAAAAACCAAAGAAUGGGGUAGGUUUACUAAAGAAGCUUGAUCGAGUGAUGGGAAAUACAACGUUUAUAGCGGAUUUCCCUAAUUCAGUUGCCAUGUUCAAGCCGUAUAGGUUAUCGGAUCACUGCCCGUGCAUUCUAUCCUUCCCGGAUGCUGGUAUGUUGAAGCCUAGGUCGUUCAAGUUUGCUAAUUUUCUGGUUUUUAAACCUGAGUUUUCUGAUAUUGUUAAAGAUAAAUGGGAGACGUCUGUGAAUGGUGUUCAUCAAUUUAGGGUGGUAAAAAAACUCCGGCUUCUGAAACACCCGUUGCGCUCCUUGCUUUUCAAGCAAGGCAAUCUGCAUAAAAAAGUUGAAAAGCUGCGUGUGGAGCUGGAUUCUAUUCAGCUGCUUAUUGAUCGGGAUCCAACGAAUGCGGAUUUACGAGUCUUUGAGAGUUCAAUCAGUAGUCAGCUUCAAGAGGCUUCGUUAGAUGAGGAACGGUUUCUGAAACAAAAGUCAAAAGUUGAUUGGUUGAGUGCGGGGGAUAUGAACUCGGCAUUUUUUCAUUCAUCGCUGAAGCAUUACGAGAAAUUUUUUGGAUCUCAAGGCGAUAUUUCUCUUACUCCGGCUCCGGAUUUAUUCUCCAAAGUCCUUGAUCCUCAGGUUGCUACUCAUAUGAUUCGACAAAUUACGGUGGAAGAGGUGAAAAAGGCCAUAUUUUCUAUUGGUAUCGAUAAAGCGCCUGGUCCGGAUGGGUAUACAGCAGCAUUUUUUAAAAGUGCCUGGCCUAUUGUUGGUAAUGAUAUUACUAGUGCUAUUGUUGAUUUUUUUGAAACAGGAAACCUUCUUCGGGAAUUGAAUCACACGAAUAUUGUGCUCAUUCCGAAAAUUCCUACUCCGUCAGCUGUUACUAACUACCGUCCAAUUGCGUGCUGUAAUGUGUUAUACAAAUGUAUCAGUAAAAUUGUGGCGGACAGAAUAAAAGUUGCUCUAAAUGAUAUCGUUAGCAUUAAUCAAUCAGCGUUUGUGCCAGGACGAAGAAUAUCGGAUAAUAUUAUGCUGACUCAAGAAUUAAUGCAUAAUUACCAUAGACAUUCGGGCCUUCCAAGGUGUGCUUUUAAGGUUGACAUCCAGAAAGCUUAUGACACGGUUGACUGGGGUUUUCUAAAAAAUGCUUUGCUUGGUUUUGGGUUUCAUCGGAAGAUGGUUGAUUGGAUAAUGGUGUGUGUCUCGACGGCCUCUUUUUCUAUAUGUGUCAAUGGGACAGUGCAUGGCUUCUUUAAGGGCAAACGAGGGUUACGGCAAGGGGACCCAAUUUCUCCUUACCUCUUCACUUUGGUUAUGGAGGUUCUAACUUCCAUUCUGCAUCAUGCUGUUCGUAUCGAUUCUUCUUUUAGAUUUCAUAAUAAAUGCGAAAAACAGCAGAUUAUCAAUCUUUGUUUUGCCGAUGAUUUGUUUCUGUUUGCUAGAGGUGAAGUCAACUCAGCUCGGUGCAUUAUGACAUCCCUCGCAAAGUUCACUAAGAUGUCGGGGUUAGUGCCUAGUAAUCCAAAACGCACCAUUUUCUUUUGUAAUGUUACCAACCAUGUAAAAGAGUCUAUUCUGGAGCUUAUGCCUUUUGUGGAAGGAAAACUGCCGGUCAGAUAUUUAGGGGUCCCAUUGAUCUCUUCUAGGCUUGGUUAUAAUGAUUGUCGAGUGCUUGUGGAAAGACUAGAGAAACGUAUAACACAUUGGAGGAACAAGUUACUCUCUUUUGCGGGUCGGCUUCAGCUUAUUGUUUCGGUUCUAUCUUCCAUGCACAUCUAUUGGUCUUCUGUGUUUAUGUUACCGGCUAGGAUCAUUAAUGAGCUUGAAGCUUGUAUGCGUAACUUCUUAUGGUCCCAAGAGAGCUCGUAUUCUAAAGGCAAAGCUAAGGUUUCUUGGAAGGCUGUUUGCACGCCAAAAUAUGAAGGAGGUUUGGGCAUUAGACGCAUUGGGGAUAUGAACAAGGCUCUUAUGUCUAAUCACAUUUGGAGCAUUGUUUCGAAACGGGAGUCACUAUGGGUUGAAUGGGUGUAUAGCUACCGUCUUAAAGGCAAGAGUUUCUGGGUGUGUAAAACCCCUUCUAAUUGCUGUUGGUCUUGGAGAAAAUUGGCUCAGCUGAGGCCGCUCAUCAGAAAUCAUAUAUGGUCGGAGGUGGGAAAUGGUAUUAAAACUUCUGCUUGGUUCGACUAUUGGAGUGAUAUAGGUCCGCUCGGUAACUUUAUUUCGCCGAGAAACAUUUCGGAUGCUGAUUUCAUGAUGGACGAUACUGUGGCUAACAUUUAUUCGAAUGGUUCUUGGUCUUGGCCUAUGUCAUGGAGAGAUUUAUUUCCGGUUCUUAUCCAAUUGGAUCAGCUUCAUUUGGAUCCGUCAAAACCUGAUAGACUGCUAUGGAGAGAUGGCACCAAUAAAUCUGAGUUUUCUUCUUCGGGUGUUUGGCAUUCAAUUCGGCACAAAGAUCCAGAAGUUAAUUGGUGCAACAUUGUUUGGUUCUCGCAAUGUAUUCCCAGGCAUGCGUUUAUGAUGUGGUUGGUAAUGAAAGGUAAACUCUUGACACAAGAUAAAAUUUUAAAUUGGGAGUUGUCGUGGAGGAAGAAUAUGAAUAUGAUGUGUUGCCUGUUAUGCUACAAAAACGUUGACUCUCAUGCACAUUUAUUCUUUGAAUGCGAGUUCUCGUCUCAAGUGUGGCUGAUUAUUCGAAACAAGGCGGGUAUGGCUACGGUCAGGCCGAUAUGGGCUGAUAUUGUUGAUUGGUUGUUGGCUCGAGCUCGAUCUAAAGCGGCUGGGUUUUUUGUUGCGAAAAUUAUGGUGGCUGUUGCCUUAUAUUUCGUUUGGCAAGAAAGAAAUGCUAGACUUUUCAAAAAUCAACUGAGGCCUCCGGAGAAAAUCGGUGAAAUUAUAUUAUCAACGGUUAGGUACAAGCUGAUGGGAGCCAAGCUCAAGACUACUGCCAGAGUGCGAAGAUUGUUGGAGGAUUGGGAAAUUCAUAAGGGAAACGUGGACGAUGAUGGUGGCUGA